AUGCUGCAGGACACGACUCGGCAAGCAAUGGCUGAAGAGGAAGCCUCCAGGAGCCUUCUGCAUAUCGACCUUUUGCAACGGAGUCAUCUCAUGGCUCGUAUAAUCUGCAAGGCUCGAAGUGGCGACGAAGAGGAUGAAGCGAUGCGCCCGCUGAAAGUUGCCAUCGCCACACCGGAAACGGUCCUCGUGGCGGAGCAAGCGGCACAAAUUCGCUGCGAUUCGUGGGGCUCAAGGCCGGCCGCAAACCUCAGCUGGUGGAUGGGCAGCCGGCGCAUGACACGCAGUGCGGUCAACGUCGACGAGUCGAGCGGCCGCACUAGCAGCCUGCUCGCCUUCACGCCCGGAGCUGACGACCACGGCCGGCGGAUCCGCUGUCGCGCUGCCAAUGAGCGUGUGCCUGGUAGCGCAAUUGAAGAUGCGCUUCUACUAGAGGUUGAAUUCGUUCCCUCCGUGCGACUAAGGCUCGUCGGUGGUUCGGCCGUGGACGAAGGUAGAGACGCGAGGUUUGAGUGCAGCGUGAAGGCACACCCGCAGCUGCUGGAACCACCCCGCUGGCUCUGGGAGGGCCGACCACUGUCGGCCGGAGGGCGACAUCAAGCCGGAAGCAACGGUUCCCUGCACGUGCUCACGCUGCACGGAGUGCGCCGGUCACAACGAGGACGCUACUCCUGCCUCGCGAGGAAUGCCAGAGGAAAGGCACUCAGCGCACCUGUCAACCUCCAAGUGCGCUACGCACCGCGAUGUGCGCCCAACCAGCGGCACGAAUACCAGGCAGCCCUACACCAGGCGGUGCUGGUGCGCUGUCGCGUGGAGGCCGAGCCUGCAGCUCCAACACUUUUCGGCUGGACAUUCGCCGGUGGUCCACACGAGCAGGCACUCACGUUGCUCGACCACACUCGCUCAGCCGGUGGACUCGAGAGCCACAUACGCUACGUGCCCCGCAGCGAGCUGGACUACGGCACACUCGCCUGCCUGGCUAGCAACCCUGUGGGCGCGGCAGCGACCCCCUGCUUCUUCUCGGUGCUCGCGCCAGCGCCGAGGUGCAGUGUAAUCCAUCCGGGUCCUCGUCUCGCCUGCAUGACGGCGUCGCCGCUCGUCAACGGCGCCUCCCUUCUCGUCCAGCUGAAAGACCCGCGAGGAGUGCUCCGGGCUUCUCUCAGAUCAGCGCAGCCCGUAAUUCUGCUUAAGGGUCCACUGUUUAGCCACCACCUGCUGGCCACUGCUUUCAUGGUGAGCCCCUCGGGACAGCGCAGUUCAGCGUCGACUCCGAUUCACUUGGCCCCGACAAGCCUUCAGGAGGACAACGCAAAGGCAGGGUCCAACAGAGCUUCAGUCUCAUCGCAGGUUUGGAGAUUGACGAUCCAUGUCGUGAUGAUUUGGAACCUGAAUUACAAGACGACGAAGAUACGUCAUUAGAGGAGAUGCGCACCUCACUGUGCCCCAUGCGCACCCAA